AUGGACAAUGGAGUGGAUUUAUUCGCAUAUACCCAAAAAUUGGAAAUCUGCCGCGACAGUGAUCGCACCCGCGACCUAAUAAUCCAGGAUCUUAUGCGAAGGUUCGAUUUGCUCCAGCACUUGUAUAAUGAAAAGUGCGGCGAUCUUGAAAACGAGGUUGAAUCGCGUCGCAUGUGGCAAACCAAAGCCGACAACGUAGCCAAAGAACUAACUCACCAAGUUAAGGCUAAUGAAUCCAGCCCGUUCAUCUUUGCGAUCAUUGACGGCGAUGGCGCGAUUUUCCAAGAGGCUUUGUUAAGAAGAGGUGCCGAAGGCGGCGCUGAAGCCGGCCAUUUCUUGUGUACAGAGCUCAAAAAACAAGUUGCCAGUGCCAAUCCCAAUGUGGCUACCGAAGACUGGAACGUUAUCCUACAGGUAGUGCUCAAUAUCGACGGACUAGCCAAGAGGCUCCAUGCCUCCGAUAUCAUACCAAAUACUGCAAACGAGAGGACCCUUGCUGAGUUUGGACGUGGGCUUGGACGCGCGCAGCCCCUCUUCAGCUUUAUCGACGUUGGCUCCGGCAAGGAAUCCGCUGACCACAAGAUCCGCGAGACGCUCCGUGUGAUGGUCCGCGUGAACCAGUGCAGGCACAUCUUUUUCGGGCCUUGCCACGAUAAUGGAUACUUACCGGUCCUUGAACCUUAUAAGUUAGACCACACAGUAGCCGGAAAGUUGACGCUAGUUGAGACAACACCGGCCGAAGAAGGAUUCAAACGGCUCGGCUUUCCCAUGAUUAGCUUAAAGUCUAUAUUCAUGCCGGAGAAGCUAUCCGAGAGAGUCACUCGACCGGCCGCCGGUGAUAUGAUACCUCCCGCCGGCCCCACCGCCGCCCUCGCUAGACCAUUGGUGAUUAUGACCAAAACCGAGCCGGUCAAUAACUGCGGAUCUGCGAAAGCUGUAACUGCGAACCCUUCCAACUCACCCAAACAGCCCUUGAACGGUUCGGAGACGUCUACUUCGUGGUCUGCGGUGACAAACUCUUCGUCGACAAUCGUAAUCGACAUUUCGCCUGCUAAGAGGGCCCCAGUCCUCAAGUAUUACCUGCUCAACAAGGAUGGCCAGCGCGUCGACGAGGAGCUGUCUGAGAUAAACCCCGCAGCAGAGAGCAGUUUCAACGGGAAAGUGAAAAAGCACGAAACCAACUUUUGCAAUUACUACCAUCUCCGUAACAACUGUAAGAACCUAGCCUGCCAGUACAUUCAUGGCGAUAAGCUGAGUCAGGGAGAGCUGCUGGUAUUAAAGCUGAAGUCCCGUGGUAUACCCUGCAGCAUGGGUUCGAAUUGUGUCGACAUCGAUUGUACCUCUGGACAUCAUUGCAGAUGGCUUCGUGACUGUCAUCAUAAGUAUUGCCGCUUUGAGGGUUACCACGACAUUGAUAGCACACCACGAGUAAAAGUCUUCAGCGAUCAAAGCAGAAAAGUCAUCAACAAGCUUUAG